AUGGGCCCCCUGAAGGCCUCCCUCCAGCUUUGUAGUGGCGUUAUUGCCAUGCAGGGGUAUGACUUUAAUAACAUCAAUAAAGAUAGGGCCCUGGGAAAGCCUGGGCCAAGCGAGCCUCCUAGAGAUCGAUGCGGGGAAACCGCCGAGCCGGACGUCCUGCCAGAGCAGCUGCGCGGCCCCGGCCUCCGGAAAAUCGGGCCCUGCUGGGAUGGAGGGGGCCCUCAGGGCCAGCCCGGGCCGGGCGGCCAGUCCCCGAGCUCGGAGAGGGCCCUCAGGGCCAGCCCGGGCCGGGCAGCCAGUCCCCGAGCUCGGAGGGGGCCCUCAAAGCCAACCCGGGCCGGGCAGCCAGUCCCCGAGCUCGGAGGGGGCCCUCAGGGCCAGCCCGGGCCGGGCGGCCAGUCCCCAGGGCCUGAGCUCAGAGGGGGCCCUCAGAGCCAGCCCGGGCCGGGUGGCCAGUCCCCGAGCUCGGAGGGGGCCCUCAAAGCCAACCCGGACCGGGCGGCCAGUCCCUGA